UCAAAUUAAGUGCAAGCUGUCCACACAGAUUUGCAGGAAAACAAUUCAACGCUUUCAGGAUAUUUUCUCAAACUUGCAUAUUACUUUUGAAAUCCCAACAUGAAAGCAUUGCUAGUAGUAGCUUUUCUCUGCCUUCUCGUGUCGCUGAUUUCAGCGCAGGAAAUUAAAAGAUGUGAAGUUCAAUCUCACUGCGCCGCAGAUGAAUGUUGCAUUAAACGGCGCAAGUAUGACAUUCCAAGAUGCAAGAAACGAAGACGUCAAGGUCAGUUUUGCUUUGUGGUUGAUAAAAUGAGGGACAUAAUAUAUUAUGACCAUCUCUGCCCAUGCGCAGAUGGUAUGGAGUGCAGACAGCUAUUCGGGCGUUACGCCCGGUGUACUUAGAAGAAAAUAUCUAUAUGAAGCAAAUGAAAUGUUCUGCUCUCCUUUAAUAGCAUGAGAACUUAUGAUGCAUAUUCAAGACUGAAAUUUCUGUCUAAUAAAUAAUUUACUACAUAUGAA